AUGGUCUUUCAAGAUGUUAUGGUCGGACAGAAAUGUAAAGAUGCACAUGAUUUCGUUGGUUUGAUUAAGAGCAAAAAAACAUCUAUAAUUGUUCAUGAAGUAGUAGCAGAUGAUAUUGAAAAUGUUAGAAAUAAACUUUCGUUAUUAUUUAUGGAAACAAAACCUAUUCCAGAAAUUCAAAAGAUACAUUCAAUAGCUGUUAUUGAUGCUAACAAAGUUGAAUGUAAAGUUUUUUCAUUUAGUUCAAAAAAACAAAUUGUUCGUUUUUGA